UGAAUACGCUUUUGAUAAUAUUAUGUGUGUCUUAAUACUUGGUGCAGUACAAGCGGGCGGUUCUUUUUUCCUUAUUAUCGUUUCUUUAUUGUUAAUUGCGAAUGCAGCGGCUUAUCACUUGUGUAAGAGAGUCGGAAGUGUUCGGAUAACAUUAGCCACUGGCGUUGAACGACUAUGCAGCAUUAGCGACCUCACUCACUUAUUGGCUACUUCGACAAUGGCAAAGUUCAUCAAGUCAUUCUUCAAUGGUCAGAGGCGUGCGUCCAAGCAAGACAUUGAUGAGGACUUUACGCCCCCUCUAGACAGUCGAAGGAAGCUGUCCAUAUCCAGGUCAGGAAGAAUGAAACAGGCCAAUAAGAAGAGACAUUCACUGUCGUUGGAGCUGUAUGGAGAUAACCAUCAAAGAGAAAAACCGGCGGCGAAAGAAUACCACGUCCACGGCAAAAGCUAUACCGAUAACAGUAAUCUCGAAAAACAAAAGACCGACCCAAAAACCGCAAAGAAAAAAGAACCUUCAGACAAAGGUAAUAGUGAACAAAUUAAAACGCCAGAAGAAGAAAUCGAUAGUGCCUUCGAAAUUCUAGAUAAGACAUAGUGAUUGAGAUCUGCAUGGGUUUUAUAGUCGGGUUUCGUAUGCAAUUUGAGACUUUAAUCUCGAUAAUGAUAAUAAUAUUGAUAAGUUUGUUUGUGUGUAGGUAUGAGCCGAGAGUAUCAUAAUCAUAAAUUUAUGACGUAAAUAAAAAACCAGUUUAAAAAUGGAAUGGUAGGAAAUUUUGUUUCAGUAGGCAAUAGGUGGGCAAUAGUCAUCUGACAGUUUC